GCGGCGCCGGCCGCCGCGCCGCUCGCACACGCCGCAGCGGCCGCACGGGAGAGGCGGCUCCGGCAGCGGCGGCGCCGCCGCCGGGCGUGGAGCCCUGACGCCGCCGCCAUGGACAAGAAGCCCGGCGGCGAGGAUGACUGCGUGGACUCGGGAGCCGAGACGGGCGGGUCUGAGUACAGCCAUAUGUCUUCUACCAGCAGUGAACUUUCUGUGGAAGAUGUACAGGACCCAUUCCUUGUUAGUGUACAUAUUAUCACAGACCCGGGAGAAUCUAAGACUCUCCAGCAAGCCAUCGAUAAGCUUCUAGCCUGGAUCCAUCCAGACCUCCAGCUGUUUCGAGUCUCAGAGAGACGAGUGUCACAAAAGUGCAGGACGCAAGGUAAAGUUGGUGUUUCUCAGCCAGCCCUUGCCAUCAUUCUAUUUCUGCAGGAGGAAUAUGGAGAAGAACCGAUCUUGCAACUCCAUGAAACCUUUCAGCGGCCACCUUGGCAUUACAACCACACAGAGCGAGUGCAUGGGAAGUUCCUGCCUUACAUGCCAUGCAGCCAGGACUUCUACACUUUGGCUCCAGGGACUCCUCUGUGGGCCAUUCGCCCGGUACAUUAUGGAAAAGAAAUUAUCCGCUUCACUAUAUACUGCAGGAGUGAAAACUUUGUUGACAUUUUGAAAUUGUAUGAGUUAAUCCUGAAAAGACCAGUAUGUCAGAAAAAAGCAGAUUUUUGUGUUUUCCCAAUCUAUUCUAACAUGGACAUAGACAUUCAAUUUUCUUUAAAAAAACUCCCAAAGGGCCAGAUUCCAGCCCCGAUGGAAUCAGCAGUGCUGGAGUUCAGAGUGAAAGAUGUUGGACAGCUUGUUCCUCUCUUGCCCAACUCUUGCAGCCCAAUCAGUGAGGGCAGGUGGCAAACUGAAGACCACGAUGGAAAUAGGAUCCUUUUGCAGCAAGCACAUAGUUGGUAUAGGAAGUCUGCAAAGCAGAACAAGCUACUGUGUCCAUCUGUGUCAACAGAUUCCUGCUUCACCACUUUGCCAGCCUGUCUUUCUCAGAGCCACCAAUCUGUCCCUGAGCAACCAAAAGAAAUGGGUCAAAACAAAGUGCAGCAUGCAAAUGGCCUUGGUCAUUACCUUGGUUUCUCCCAGCAGGACUUGAGGCACAGUGAUCGAGGAGACUUCACACGCAGAUCCAACAGUGCUUCCGGCAUUUCCUGGUCAUUUCAACGAAGCAAGUCUCUGUUCUGCUUGCCUACAAUGAGCUCCUCUUCAGCCUCAGAGACUUUUCAUUUCAGCGAACCAUUUCACUUUUUACGUACUGGGUCACCUGCAACCAGGUUAAAAACAUGGAGAUGCAGCCCCAGGCUUAACAUCGAUGACUUAGAGGGUGCACAGGAGACUGAUGUAGACACAGGGAGGAAGCUGUCCUUCUCAGAUCUGUCUGUGGUCUCUGCAUACUCUGCCCUCAAUGGAUUUUGCAGUGACUUGGAAGCCUCUCUUCCCCCACAGAGGCAAAAUAUCACUAAGACUAAACAGGCUGCUACUAGUGGAAGACCCGUGUCAGUCAUGUGCAAUACCUUUGAGCCAGUGGGUGGUUCAUUGCCUUCUCUCUCCGAACGGUCUUCCAGCUUAUUUGUAUCAUCUUCAGUUUCACCUUCAGCAUCUCUCUCCAAGGAACCCAAACAGUCCGUGAAAGCAACCCGUUGUUCUCUGGAUGAUCAUGGUAGUGUUUGUCCAGCUUCACCAACUAAUGAAGAAGAAUUUUACAUCUGAGGUUUCUUUACCUUACAACUUCCAGGUUAUAUGUGUUCUUUUGUGAAUGACAGCAGUGGACCCACCUUAAGCUUGCAGAAAGUUCCUCACUGAGAAGGUGAUACAGCAGAGCAUGCUAAAUAUUUGAAGAAAGCACUCAGAUACCUCAGAAAUGAGUGCCCCUGAAAAUGUACAGUAAGGCAGUCUGAUGUGGGGCCAGUACCUUUGUACUGGAGAGGAAGAUCUGCGCAGAAGCUUGUCCAUGGCAGUGCAUGAUAGAUGGCUUCUAUAACCGACCCUUGGACUGGUGGUUAAGGAAAUUCAAGGAAAGGCACAUAAUAAUCCAGUUUUCCAUUGCAGAAACUGAAGAGUGAUUUGUGACACCAAACUGCUUUAACUUUUCUGAGAAAUCACCUCAACUCAGAAAAGAAGGGAGUAGAAAGGGGUCUUCUUUCCCCUUUACAAGUUCUGAAGGCAGCUCAAGCAGAGCAGGUCCCAGUAGUAUGACUCCAGUAAAGUCAGAAGAGAAGACACCUUCAUGAAAGGUUUCUUCUUGAAAGCCUUCAUGUGAAGACACACAUGCUUUCAGCUAACCUCAGAGUUUACAGUGCUGAGGGGGAAAAAAUCUUCAUUCCUUCCACAGGGAAGAAGGUACUCUACUCUUACUUUGACAGUUCAAGUUGUGGAAAGUGCCAAGA